CUAUUAUUGACCACCUUUAUUUCAAAAGUUUUUGUUGCACCUUGAACCCUCUCUUCAAAUUUCUGGCGGGAGGCUUCUUGAUCCCCAUCGGAGCAGACUUGAUCCUGCAAUAGUAGAAGCCAUGAUGAUAUUAAGGACUUGGAUUCAGGAUGAUAGAAAGUCUGCCGCUGAAUUCAAAGCAUUGGAGGGAGUUUUCUCUACUAUGGCAAUGGAUGAUGCCACAGUGGAAGAGAGCACAUAUGGAGCUGGAAUGCAAAAGGAGUUGGAAGGAGAUGAAGACGAGGUUGCUGCAGUCAUCAACCUGCUAGACUAGCUAUUGGUGUAUGUUCAGUUUCUUUUUUUACUGCUAAAGCCUUGUUAUUGCUGGAAUUUUACUAAAGCCUUGCAAAACAUAGUAAUAUGAAGUUGUAAAUGUUGCUGGAUUUCAUGA